AAAGACUAUUUUAUGAUAGGGUGACAGAAGCAUUACAUGCAUACUGUAUGUUAAAAAGUGUUAAGUGUUAAUAACAAGGAAUGAUUCCAGCGCUUUCGUUUAACAAGACUUAGUGUAACAGUGCUUUGCUAAUGCCGCUUAAGUAUGAAAAUAACUUGCACAAUUUAUUGAAGAAAAAUUCCGGAAUUCGCAGUGCAACGAAUAUCGGAACAAUGACGACAAACGAACAGAGUGUCAUUAAUUGGACAAGAGAAAAUGUGGCGGAAUGGGCCCGAAAAGAGUGUCUCAAUCGGAAGAUCAUCGAAUGCAUUGUAAAAGAAGAUAUCGAUGGAAAGUGUCUGCUGACGUUGUGCGAAAAUGAUAUUAAAAGUCUGCGAGAGAAGUAUGCGUAUGCACUGACUUUAGGUGAUAUGAAGCGAUUUUGGUUCUCGGUGCGCCUAGUUCAGAAACAAAAUAUUACAACACUGGCAUAUUUAGGUAUACUUCCGGGUGGUGGCAGUGAUGCAUUGGGUGCCCCCAAUAGUCACCAUCACUCAUUGCUGUCCAGCAUGGGUACUAGUUACGCUUCAGCAGAUAUCAACUUUAGUGAGAUAGAACGCAUCUCACCGCCAAUGUCUAUUGAUGGGAGAGCGACCUGCAUACAACCAGAGUUUUUCAAAACAAUGAUAAGCUUAGGAUACGCUUUUUUAGUUACUUGGAUAACUGCGUUUGUAAUGGUGGUAGUACACGAGCGGGUGCCAGACAUGAAGAAAUAUCCUCCAUUACCGGAUAUUUUUCUCGAUAACGUUCCGCACAUACCAUGGGCUUUUCAAAUGUGUGAAGUUACCGGCACGUUGCUGUUCUGUAUAUGGGCUUGCGUGCUAACAAUACAUAAGCAUCGAACAGUGUUGCUCCGCCGGUUCUUCGCCUUAGCGGGAACAGUAUUUUUACUGCGUUGUGUAACUAUGUUGAUUACGUCACUGAGCGUUCCAGGAACUCAUUUAGAAUGCACUCCUCAUGAUCAUAAGUUUGAUGACAGCUCGAGUGUGAAAAUUACUGAAAUGAUCUACUUGCGGAUAAGCCGGGCGUACACAAUCUGGAGCGGGCUAGGAAUGUCGAUUCAGGGCGUACGGACGUGUGGCGACUACAUGUUUAGCGGUCAUACGGUUGCCUUAACAUUGCUGAAUUUUUUCAUCACCGAAUAUACUCCGCGAAAUCUGUACUUUCUUCAUACAUUGACUUGGUUACUCAACAUGUUUGGUAUAUUUUUUAUCUUGGCCGCUCAUGAGCACUAUUCCAUCGAUGUAUUUGUUGCUUUUUACAUAACGUCUAGGUUGUUUCUGUACUAUCAUACCUUGGCCAAUAAUCAGGCUCUAAUGUCCCACGAUUCGAACCGCACGCGUAUUUGGUUUCCUAUGUUCAGCUACUUCGAGAGCUCUGUGGACGGUAUUAUUCCAAACGAGUUCGACACUACUGCCGAGAUAUUUUACAAGCUGUUCGAGUGUGUGUUGAACUUAAAAGACGCUUGUAUGCUAACGGUUCGGCGAUUUUGGAUAGCUCAUGGAAAUAUUGAUGUUUUGAGAGAGAAACACAAACAGUUCUUGAACGCUACAAAUUCGCAACUGCUUUUUCCCAACAACCUUAACCAGCAACAGAAUGGAACAGCUGCUGCUGCAAUUGCUAGAAAACCCACCAAAUGUAAUAAUCUAGACACAGAUUCUAUAGCCGCUAUAAAAAGGAAGUCAUAUGGAAAUACUUCAAUCGAAAAACCCAUAAAUGAUUCAGUUGAUAAAUCGUUUGAAUUGGGUAAAGAGAAAAACUUGUAGUGGAUAAUGCUCGAUACAGUGUUAAAUUAUAUAUUUAUAAUCCAUCAGUAUCCUAAUUUAUUCUGGUUGGCAUUACUUUCGUAAGUUAAAAUUAGAAAACUGUUGGUUAAUUUAUUGAUACCUAAUUUAUUAAUAGAAAUAAUGGUAACAGUGAGUUCAUACCAAUUUUAACUGCUACAAAGACUCAAUAUCUAUAAAUGCCGCUGUAGACAGCUUCUCUUCGUACAAUAAUGUAAAAAUUAAGAAAUGUGAUAUUUUUAGUUUGAACUAAGUAAUAUCAUCCCCUUCCGUAGUAAUACAGAAAAAUGUUUUUUCUUUACCAGCAAGACGUGUAUGACUGAUCUCCAACAAAAAUUGGUUUACACACUAAUACAUUUUCCUUCUCAAGGCACAAACCAAAUUGCUGCAUGCUUAACUCCAUGCAAUUAGCAUAAAGUAUUAUUCGUUUAUUCCAAAUGCUAGUUUCCACUACGAAAUAUAUCUAGAUAUAGGCAGAGACUGCCAAAUGAAGCUGACUUCCUCUACGAGCCUAAGGAUUAGAAAUAUAGAAGUAAUGAUGUAAUUACGCAAUACAUCCUCAGUAAAGAACAACUAAAAGAGAAUUAUAAAUAGGUAGCAUUUCACGAAAAAUAAAGUUUCUAGUCCAAAAGUUACAUACGAUAAUAUUAUUCAUUGGAGGCAACUUUCCGUAUGUAGGAAAAUCUAUUAUUCAAAAAUAUGAAGACGGACAUUUUUUUCUAGCGUACAAUGAAGAGGAAUAUACAAACUGUCAAACCUGUAAAUGGUGCAUGUUUUGCCCUAAUUUGCACAUUUCUCCACAAACGGCUCACCAAUUAGUGGCAUUACUUCGUCAUAUCAAAAUACAGGCCAAAGCAGAUAAAACGGUUUGCCUAAGGAUUUCUGCUAAAAGUUUGCCGUAUCAGUAAUUUUUUGUUGAUGCUAAAUUAUGACAUUGCCGAAUUACCAAGAAUUAUUUAAGGAACAACUGUUUAUGAUAAUGAUUUGAGUUUCAUCGUUUGUAGUAAAAUAUACAAAUUACCCGUUGUACAUUUGACGCCAUAUCGCUUUUGGAUCGAACUCAUUUGUUUAUGAUCAAACCUUCAAAAUUAGAAUACACAAAAUUUUAAUUCCAAUCAAAAAGCGCAUUCAACGCACAUUCGGUAAAAU